AGUCAAAAACAAAAUUAAUAACUAAUUUGUGAAGGGGGUUAUUAUCUAAGUACUCAAGCAGCUAGUUCACUAAUUUUUUAAUAACUUAGGCACUCCAAGUCAAAUAUGUAAACUUUUUGAUAACAAAGAAAACAUAUUUCCCCAACUCAAAAUUCAUUAGUUACAAAAUAUUUCCACAUGAUUCCGAGGUCAACUGAACCUACAUCCAACUCGAUCAAUGUGUUGUUCAAAAUUUCACGUACUUGUAAAGAAGAUGGUGAAUUAUUUAAAAUAUAAUCGAUACCUUAAGUGUAAGAUAAGUGUAGUUAUAUACAAACUCGAUCUAUUUAAUCGGAAUGAGAAAAAAAAAUCAAACUUCAAAGUACCUAAAUUGCUCGUCUAUAAUGUUGCAAUUUAAGCGAUUUAACUUGCUGGACGAAUGAAAUGAAACUUUCGGUUCGAAUUAACAUUUUCACAGAAUUUUUCUUGAAAACACUCUUCUUUUAGUUGCUAUCGAGAUUUGAAGGAUGUAAGGCAAAUUGAUCAUCCAUAUAUUAGUUCACACAUUUUUUUUAAGGUGAUAUACGUUUACUUUCAAUGUCAAGUGCUAUUUAACGAAUUCGAGACAUCGAGAUUGAAAAUCACUUAUAUUAUCACUGGAGUAAACUCUAAUUUGCUAUAUUAGCUUACACGUGAUCUAAUUGGCACUAUUAUGAUUUAUGCAUAAACAAGUUAUUUUUUCACUUGACACUAUUCAACACUUUCUACAAAUUUGAUAAAAUUAGUUGAGUUAAAAAAACCCAAAACACCAUCACAAGUGAAUCCAAUUGAAAUAGGGGAACAAAAUCCCCAUUUACUUUCAUUGCUUUGGCCUUUGGUGGAUUAGAAAGCAUCAAAGCAAUAUAUUUCGUAAUCAUGCCCUUCCAAUUUGUUAUUAUUAUUUCUCUUUUUGAUUUAUUCUCAUUUUGUUCCCCCGAGUUUAAACAUUUUUUUUUCUUUCUUUCUUCUCUCUCAUUUCCUUGAUUAUCUCCAAACACGCUCCCACUCGCAUCCUCUUUCUCUCUCUUCUUCCUUUCUUCUCUUCCCCCUAAAACUACCAAUUUCUCCUCUCUUCCCCCCUUCCCUUCCUCGUCGGAUUAAUCCAAUCGGCCGCCGCCGUCGUCCGAUACAAUUAAACUGACCACCGCCAGAACCUCCUCCGGCGAUCGGUGCCGAAUGACUCCUCAUCCCAAUUCGGGCGCGCUCAAUUUCCUCGGCAGCUCGAUUGGAAACUCGGUACAAUUGCUCCUUCAAUCCUCCUUCUCUUAGAUCCCUAAUUGUAAAUGUCCCCCCCUCCCAAAUUGGAUCUUUCAAGUAGUUGAUUGAAUCAUAGGGAAAAAGAGAAAGCUUGUUUCCCUUCCCGUUCAUGGCGCCUCGAUAAAGGGCCGUCCUUCCGAUCACCGCCUGAGCUGAAAAGGGAUUGGGGGAAAAGGAGUCGGCUUGCUGGUUUUCUGUUUUGAAAUAUUAGGGUUAGGGUUGUAUUGGCGGAGGGAUGUUUAAGAAGAUUAUUAAAGGCGGGCGGAAGCCGUCGAAGUCGGACGACGGGUUUGGGAACGCGGGGCACCACCGGACCGGGUCGGGUCCUGGCAAUGUGGUGGUUAACCACGCUUCGCGGGGUGGUACCGGGGCGGCGGUCUCCACGCCGGCUUCUCCGGCGGUGACGAACCCGCCGCCUAUGCAAUCCGUGGAGCCUCUCCCGCUCUUCAGGGACGUCCCCGUGUCGGAGCGGCAGAAUUUGUUCCUCCGGAAGCUCCAGAUUUGCUGCUUCCAGUUCGAUUUUGGGGACACUUUGAAAUCGGUCAGGGAGAAGGAAAUCAAGAGGCAGACUUUGCUGGAGCUUGUGGAUUUCAUUCAGUCUGGGUCGGGCAAGAUCAAUGAGAACUGCCAGGAAGAAAUGAUUAGGAUGGUCUCAGUGAAUAUCUUUCGAAGCUUGCCGCCCAAUUCCCAUGAGAGCACGGGGCAGGAGCCUGCUGAUCCCGAAGAAGAGGAACCAUAUUUGGAACCUUCAUGGCCUCAUUUGCAGCUUGUUUAUGAACUCGUGUUGCGAUACGUCGUCUCUUCAGAUACAGAUACCAAGGUUGCAAAGAGGUAUAUUGAUCAUUCAUUCGUAUUGAAAUUGCUUGAUUUGUUCGACUCUGAGGAUCCGAGGGAACGGGAGUAUUUGAAAACUAUCCUUCAUAGGAUAUAUGGGAAGUUCAUGGUGCAUCGGCCCUUUAUUAGAAAGGCGAUAAACAACAUCUUCUACCGGUUUGUAUAUGAGACAGACAGGCACAGUGGAAUCGGGGAGCUUCUUGAGAUCUUGGGGAGUAUUAUAAACGGCUUUGCCUUGCCGAUGAAGGAGGAGCAUAAGCUAUUCCUUGUUAGGGCACUUAUACCACUACAUAAACCGAAGGCGAUAUCAAUAUACCAUCAGCAGCUUUCUUAUUGCAUCACUCAGUUUGUUGAGAAGGAUUACAAGCUGGCGGAUACGGUUAUAAGGGGUUUAUUGAAGUAUUGGCCAGUGACCAAUUGCCAGAAGGAAGUUCUCUUCCUAGGUGAACUCGAAGAAGUGCUCGAGGCAACUCAACCUGCAGAAUUUCAGCGUUGCAUGGUUCCUCUGUUCAGACAGAUUGGUCGUUGCUUGACUAGUUCACAUUUUCAGGUCGCAGAGAGAGCACUGUUCUUGUGGAACAACGAGCACAUUGUGGGGCUAAUCGCACAGAAUCGAGGCGUGGUACUACCGAUCCUCUUCGAUGCAUUGGAGAAGAACAUCCAGACACAUUGGAACCAGGCAGUCCACGGGUUGACAGUUAACGUCCGGAAGAUGUUCCUGGAGAUGGACGCCGAGUUGUUCGAGGAAUGCCAGAGGCAGUACGAGGAGAAGGAGUCGAGGGCGCAGGAAGUGGAAGAGCAGCGGGAGAUGACGUGGAAGAGACUCGCUGACGUGGCUGACAAGCGAGACGACAUGAUCACUGCUUGACACGUCAGCCAAGGAAGAUUCCUCUCCUCUCUCCAGUAGGGAAUGGAGGGAAGAGAUGGGCGAUUAAUGGAGUGCUCAUCUCAUACCCCCAUUUUUAUCAUGCCCUAUUCUUUUUUCCUUCUUCUUUGCAGAAUCUAUUUUUUUACCCCCUCUAUUUUUGUAUUUUUUUGGUUGAUCUUCAAAGUCAAUUUUUAAAAGAUGUCAAAAUUACAAGAAAAGCAGCCUUAGCAGUAAAAAUUGUAAUUUUAAAAAAGUGUUGUUUAGUAAUAUGCCUGCUGCUACAUCCAUCCAGAAUCAUAUCUCCUGGGAGAGCUUUUGGUUUAUUUUUAUUUUUUUUGUUAAUUUAGUUUUAGUUACCUUUUCUUUACUUCCAGAUUUUAUUUAUUGGGGGGUUUUUCUUCUUUUAAUCAGACUAGUAAAUUUUACUGAACUUUAACUCAGUUGUUUCCACUCAUAUAUGUAAUGUUGUUGCUCAAUUUUUCUUUGGGUUAUAUGAGUGAAUUUGCUUCUUUGGCUGUCCAUAAGCUCUCUAUAUAGAUGUUUGAUAGUUGUUACUUGGUUAGAGACAGAGUGUCCCUUUGUAUCGUCUUUCUAUCCCGACAAUUGUAGCUUAAAUUCUUAAUUGGUCGUCAAAGGUUCAUUAGUUUUAACAAUUAAGCUAAAGAUAAUUA